UGUACACCCACGCAUUCCAGCCCCACCCAUUCUGACUUAUGAAUUAAUUGAAUAUUUUGAACCUAAAUUACGUCACUAGAGUACAAACUUUGUCUAGUCUGGUCCUUUUUUGUAUUGUCAUGCUGGGGGUGGACUUCCUGAUUCACAAGACUCACCUACUGACGCAGGAUCAUAACCACAGGCCAAAACAACAAGAGAAAGUGCAGAAGGAAGGGAAAAGGGAAAGAGAAUACAUUGAUAAAUGCAUUGAUAGAUUACUGGGAAAUGAGAGUAGGGACAAGAAUAUUCAUGGAAUCAAUAUCAAUUCUAAGACACGGCCGAUUUCAUAUCAUGAGGCUAUACCUCAAGAUUAUGCAUUGUCAAGAAUAGAGAGACUUAAAACCGAAUGCUCCUUAUAUCAUAUGGAUCAAAAGCUAAACGAAUUGGAUGACUCUUUAACAUCAAUUGCAUCACACAACAGUUGGGCCAGCAGUGCCAGAGUGACAAGGCAAAACGUUGAACUUGCUUGUUUCGUAAGACGAAAGCGUCACCUGCUUACUAACCCAGCCACAUGUAGGAGGGUAGAGCAUAGGUUAUGCAAUCAGACUGGGCCCGUCCUGAUUGCCAAGAUUAUCAGAGAUGGACCGAAACCAAGUUCGUCGCCGGCAACAAUUUGGGCUGAACUAGUGUUAAAAGAGGGCAAGAUGAAGCAAGAAAGGAUACAGAGCUAGAAUUAAGGAUGGUUGGUGCUGUAAAGAAUGUUCUGGCGGAUGAGGGUACAGAGUUAGAAUUUGCUACGUAGUCAGUGGUUAUGAAGAGUACUGUGUAUUAUUACGUGAUAUGUUUGGACUUUUGCCUUUUAAGGAUUGACCUUUUGCAUUUAUUUAUAAUUCAAAGGAUAAUAAUUGAACUUGUUAAAUAGCCGACUGAUAGCUUGCGUCCAGCUGCAAAAGUGCCUCAAUUUGUACAAAGGAUUGUGUUGGUAGAAAUGAAUUAUAAUACAAAAGAUGUGAAAAAGAAUAACACAACAAACAAACACAUACAUAAAAGCACACAUUGAAAAUGACUCAUAAGUAAGAUGUAUUUUUUAGAAAACUAUCUGUUCUUGGGACAUAAACAGCAUCCAGAAAGCUCCAGCUUUUAACGUAUUCGGUUGCUUGUCUUACUAAGCGACAGCAGAGGGUUUCGCCUUGUUUUCCACUCCCGCAGUCUUCUCUCCAUUCUUGUAUGAGACUAGUAAAUUUCAUCGAGUCUGCUUCGUCCCCGAUACUCUUGAGGACGGCAGCGGCCGAGGCGAUGCGUCUCUCCUUCUCGGCUGCAGUGUUAGUCGUGGAACAACUAGAAGAACUGCGGGAAGUGUCCAUUAUAUAGAAGGAGGGCUUAUUCGAGAGCUUUUAUCACUAUUAGCAAGAGUG